GUUUUGUUAUUGUUGUUGAUCUCUGAUAACUAGCACGCUCCCUGUCACUUGAAAUAGAAACUACGGAGCAAAGUAGUCAUAUAUUGAUAUGCAAAUGCUUAUCUGAUAUGAAUGUCCUUUUCUCAUAGCAUCUCGCAGCAUCUAGGGGAUAUGAAGAGAUCGCCCUUUUCCUUAUUCAUGAAGGUGUAGAAAUCGAUGCUAGAGAUAACUAUGGGAACACACCAUUAUUUGAAGCUGUAAAGAAUGGACAUGAUCGAGUGGCUUCUUUACUAGUUGGAAAAGGGGCUUCUAUGAAAAUAGAGGAUGCUGGCAGUGUUCUAUGUAAUGCAGUUGCAAGGGGAGAUUCAGAUUAUCUUAAAAGGCUAUUAUCUAAUGGCAUGGAUCCUAAUACGAAAGAUUACGAUUACCGAAGCCCUCUUCAUGUUGCUGCAGCAGAGGGUUUGUUCUUAAUGGCUAAGUUGCUGAUAGAAGCUGAAGCUAGCGUUUUUAUCAAAGACAGGUGGGGAAAUACCCCAAUUGAUGAAGCUCGGCUGUGUGGAAAUAAGAUUGAUCAAGCUCCUGGAAGAAGCAAAGUCUGCUCAAUUGUCAAAAUUCCCUCAUCUCUCCUCAGAACUUACAGAUAAAUUUCAUCCUAAGAAAUGUACAGUCUUUCCUUUCCAGCCAUGGGAUCCAAAAGAACAUAGAAGACAUGGGAUUGUACUAUGGGUUCCACACUCCAUUGAAGAGCUUAUCGAAACAGCAGCAGAGCAGCUAGAUGUUUCUAGUGAUUGUUGUAUUCUAUCAGAAGAUGCUGGUAAAAUUACUGAUGCGGAUUGAUUAUGGAUGGUCAAAAGCUGUAUUUAGUCCACGAAAACGCAUUAAAGAUGUGUAGUAAUAUGUUACGGCCUUCCUGUAUUGCCUUCUGUGUUGUAUUGUGAGCAAUCAUUGCUUUUAAUCACAUGGAAAUGUACCUGUAUCUGCAAGAACCUGUUGUGAAGCUGAAAAAAUUACAUGAUGCUGUCCUUCAGGUGUUGCAUGCAAUAAAUAACUAGUGAGCAUGAUUCCUUAAA